AAUAAAUACAAUCUUUACAGCAACAACAACAACAAAUACAACAAUUACAACAACAACAAAUACAACACCUACAACAACAACAAGUACAACACCUACAACAACAACAAAUACAGCACCUACAACAACGAUCCUAUCAACAAUAACAACUGCCUGA